UCAGAUAAAAUACCUUCAAAAAGCCCGCUCAAGACUUCUUUCAAAAUCUGAGGUAUAAAGUUUCAAGUCUAUUAGAAGCAUAUAAGGAGGAAACUACAAGAAACAAGGGAGAAGGAAGAAACAAAAAUCGAAAAAAAAAAAAAGAAAAGACCUCAGAAGGGUUGGAGUUUUGUUGCCACUGCUUGCACCGGAAUCCUCCACCACCAUCAUUAGAAUCUUCACCGGAAAAGCAUUGAGCAACUGGAAUUCUGCUAGCUAAAAAUGGCAAGAGGUGACAGCAGCAGGAAAAGGCCACUGGAAACGAGUUAUGAGACAUGCAGUGGCAAGAUCCUCCUCAAGGUGCUUGGCCAGGAUGGUAAGAUGAUGAAUCUUGAAGUCAAACGAAACAAGCCAAUGAAGAACAUUUUGCUGAAGUACUGUGACUACAAAAAAUUCGAAUAUAGUGCUGUGAACUUCUUAUACCUUGGACGCAGAGUCCUUGUGAGGAGUACCCCAGAGGAGUUGCAAAAUUUCUUUGAUUUUUGCUCUCUGUGUAGCUUGGCAUGGAAGAUGGAGAUAUUAUUGAAGCUAUGGUGCAUGUAGAUGGAGGAGGUGAUGUUAAAGAUAUCUAAAAAUGUAGCCUGCCUAGAUCAAGAAAGAAACCAGGAUUCUUUUCUGGAAAAUUUGCAUUUUGAGUUGUAAAUAGGAGACUGGCUCAGGGUUCACCCAACAAAUUUAUUUAAAUCUAGACCAUUUCUGAAUAA